AUGGAUAACGUUCGAGCUUAUGGAGCGGGAUUAGCCAAUACGAAUUUUGAUAAAAAUACGUUUUUCAAAAAACCUACUGUUUUAUUUAGAUGUGGAGCAUUGGUAUGUUGGUUGGAAAAAUAGUGGGAAUUUCAGGGGAUCAGAAUUUUCAGGAGGAAAUUAACUUGAAAUUUAUAGAAUCGAAAAAUGUCUACAAAAGAAAUAUUUACAUUAGAAAAAAAAUUAUCUUAAAAUUUUUAUUGAAAUUGGAAGUUCAGAUUUUUGAAAAAAAAUUGCGCCAGUGAAGAAAUUUUUAAGGAAGAAUUUUUGAGCUUAAAAAUUUCGGAAUCCUCUGAUUUUUUUCCAACUCUAGUUUCCCAGUUAAAAGGAUUAGAAGAGGAUUAAAUUAUUGAGAACACACAAUUCCCCGAAAAAAAAUCAUUUUUUUUUUCAGAUCUUCGGUCUUUUGGUCUGGUAUGCUGUUUCAAAAGGUGGAUGGCACAAACCAAGUGAUACUAUUCAUCCGGUAUUUUUCUCCUGAUUCUGAAUAAAUCCCUGUGUAAUUUCACUGAAUUUUUCCGCAGAUCUGUUUGUAUGGUCGUAGUUCAUCAACAUGUUCAUUCGCAACAGCAACCGGAUUUUUCGCAGUUUGCGGCGCUGCUUUGCUCAUUUUCCUUGACGCCAAACUCGACACAAUUAGCUCAAUUCCAACGCGUAGGCGAGCUGUCAUGACUGAUCUUUCUGUUUCAGGUUGGUUUGAAUGCGAGAAAAAAAAGUUUAGUAGACUGAUGAAAUAUUCAUGAGUCUACUUUUGCGAAGUACUUUUUCAAACGUUUUUAGAAUACUGAACUUGAGAUUUUUAAUUAUAAUUUGAAGAAGAAGAACGAGAAAAUUCUACUCAAAAUAAAUAAUUUUGUUCUCACUAUGAUAAUUUUUCAGAAACAAAAAUAAAAAAAAAUAUUUCAAAAAAUAUCAAAUCUCAUAUUUUUCCAGCAAUUUUUACUGGUAUCUUCCUAAUCGCUUUCCUAACGUUCUGGAGUAAACUCUCCUCCUUCGAAGUCGGUGAAGAUGACGAGAACCCGAUCAAUACCAACUACUCAAAGAUUGGUGUUCUUGGAGCACUUCUCUCAUUUUUGUCGUGGGUUAGUUCUUUUUGUCAUAUUCCAUUAAUAUUUUAUACAUAGUGCAAGAAAUUUGAUACGUUUUUUUUUGUUGUGAGGAAAAGAAAAAUGAAUAGAAUUUUUGAAGGGUGGUGCUGCAUUUUUUGCUUGGCGUCGUUAUGAAGAGGGAAAUCAAGCAUCACACGAGCCAAAUUAUGAGGAACAAUUUGGAACGGUUUCAAGCGAUGUUCAAGAUGGUUAUGGUUAUGGUGGAGAUUCUGGCGGUUAGAUUUUCGCUAAAAAAAUUAAUUAAUUAAAAAGGAGGGGAAAUCCUUGCUUGUCUAACAUAACAUCACAUUAAAUCGAGAAAAACCACCUGCUAAAAUGUUCAGUUAAUUAUAGGGGAACAUAUAUUGGAUGUUUAUUGGUUUGGGAAAUAAAAUACGAGAGAAAAAGAGGGAGUCUUCUAAUUUUGUUAGGGUUUUACGAGAAGGAUUUUUUCAGAAAUAGGAAGACAAAAGUUUGGGGAAAAACUUUGCUUUGAAAAAAUUUUAGAAAAAUAUUUGGAAAUUGAAAAUUAUUUUCAAAAGAAAUUCUAAAAAUAUAGAUUUUUGUGAAAAAUACUAGAUGAACCUUGAAAUAAUUUUUUAGAAAGUGUGGUUUCCAAAGUCAUGACCUAAACAGUUUCAUCUUAUGAUCUUACAAAAAUAAAUCACGUUCUCUGACCUUCAUAACCCAAACCAAGUAAAAGUUGCCCUUUCACUUCAUCAUUCUGAAAACCCUUUUGAUGAAACCAAUUAUCAUCAAUUGUUCGUUCAAAACAAUUAUUUCGAAACCGGAAAUGAUGAAUUCAUGAAUUCAUGAAAAAAAUAAAUUUUCCCCCAACAAUCAUAGAUCAAAAAACCCAGGAAGUAUUUUUCUAGGAAUCGGAAGUGUACCUGGGCAAGUUUCAUCAUAUCAAGCUGGCGGUCCACCAAUGCAACCUCCACAACACCAACAACAACAACCACCACCAAAUCAAUAUGUUCAAUCAGAAGGUUAUGGAUAUUAA